AUGGCAGCAAGUGCUUCUCAAUCCCGGGCGCAUUCCCCCACCGAGACGCUGGCGGUCACUUCGCCGACUACAGAAAUGGCCACCUCCCAUGAGAAGGAUGGGAUCAAGGAACAGCAUGCUUGCGAGGCGGACGCAAAUGCUGCAGAACUCGCAGCGCAGCAGCAAGAAAGCAAAAAGCAUCACUUGGAAUCCUCUGAACACAGGAUGGUCAAGAACAACUUGUGGCUCGUCAUUCCUGGUCUCAUGUUGACGGUCUUUCUCGCUGCGCUGGAUCAAACUGCACUGUCAUCUGCUCUGCCUACCGUAGUGUCUCAAGUCCGGGGCGGAGGACCCAGCUCCUUCACCUGGAUCGCAAGCGCAUACCUCUUGACCGCCACCUCGCUCAUUCCCAUGUGGGGAAGGCUGAGCGACAUCGUUGGAAGAAGACCUUUGCUGUGGGUGGCCAACUUUUUCUUCCUCUUCGGCUCCAUCAUGUGCGGGGCUGCUCAAGAUAUCACUUGGCUUUGCGUUUGUCGCGGUGUCCAAGGUGUGGGCGGCGGUGGCAUCAUCGCCAUGUGCCAAAUCAUCUUGGGUGACGUGACGCCGUUGGAAAAGCGAGGCGUGUUCCAAGGCGCGUUCGGUGCAGUGUGGUCCGUCGCUUCGGUGCUGGGACCGCUGAUCGGUGGUGCACUCGCUGAAAAAUCUUCCUGGAGAUGGAUCUUUUUCAUCAACCCAAUCAUCGCCGCCUUUCCUCUGAUCAUCAUGUGGUUCGCUCUCAAGGUGCCUUUCGUGCAGAAGAAGACUGCGCGUCAGGUAUGGGACGAGUUCGACAAGCUCGGCUACGGUCUUUUGCUCGCAGCUGUCAUCCUCUUCCUCCUUGGCUUCGUCUACGCGGAAGUGGAAGGCUUCAACUCGAGCAGAUCCAUAGGUUUCCUAGCCACCGGUGCUGCUCUCUUUCCCAUCUUUGUGGGUUACGAGUUCCUCGCCGAGCGCCUCUUUCCCACUUCCAGACCCAUCUUCCCGACACGUCUUUUCAAGCUCCGGACUACGACGCUCCUACUGAUUGCCGUCGCCAUGCACGGCAUCGCUUUCUUCAGUUCCACGUACUACAUCCCAUUCUACUUCCAGGUCAAGGGCAGUUCUCCCAUCUUUUCGGCGGUGGAGCAACUGCCUUUCAGCUUGGUCUCUGGCAUCAUGAGCGUCGUCAGCGGUGUCGUGCUCACCAAGCUUGGGAGAUACAAGCCCGUCGCAGUGGUCGGUCUGGGUGUAUUCACACUCGGACAAGGUCUCAUGAUCUUGAUCGAUGCAGAGCAAAGAAAAUCCGUCGUUUUGGCCGUCAUCUUCGUCGCUGGCCUUGGUCUCGGAUGCUUCUUCCAGACGCCUCUCAUCGGCAUCAUGGCUGCAAUGCCUCACGAAGAGAUGGCCGCUGCCACUUCGGCCAUGGCCAUGGUGCGUAGCGCUGCCGGAGCAGUCGGCAUCGCAGUCGCAGGCGCCAUCUUCAAUUCCAAGGUCAAAUCUGGGACAGAGGGAAUAGAGGGCUACAUUGCUCCUGCCGAUCCCUCCUCGGACAUCCUCAGCAUCUCUCAUCUUCAACCUCUCGCUCUCAGGAAUGCGGUCACUGUGGCGUAUUGCGAUGCCAUUAGACUGAUCUUUAUCGUUUGCACACCUUUGGUCGGCGUCGCAUUCCUGUGCACACUCUUCGUCAAGGAGUACAGCUUGCAACGCAAAGUCGUGCAAGAGAAGAGCAAGGAAGAAGUCAUGGCUGCCCAGAGGGAGCUCGAUUUGGAAGCUGCAAACGGCGAAAAGUCGGCUGACACGCGGGCCGGAGCCGGUGCUUCGGGUGGCCAGGGCAAAACCACAUCGUCUGACAACGGCCACGCCAGCGAAGACGACGCCAUCGUCCGCCAAGCUUCUGCCUCAGACUCGGCCGACAGUGCCGAACAACCCAAGCAAAAAUCUGCAGAAUGA